CUAUGCCAUAGAAAUAUAAAAUAAUGUUUUAAAAACAUGUGUUGUUUGUUUAUUAUAUCUUAGAUUCAAGAUGUGCAGUACUGAUCUAAAAAUAUUUAGAAUAUUUUAUAUGUGUUAGGAUACUGUAUAUGUUGUUUUAAGAAAUAGGUAAGAUGGCCAACAGCAAUCGACAAAUGAAAGCAAAAUGUGUAGUUGAAGAGAUACAUUGCGACAGGUUUGGGAAGUGCGAAUUGGAGUUUAAGAGAAUCCAAAAACUUGUCGAUGAAACUGUGAAUAGAAUUACAUUUGCCAUGACGGUACCUAAACUGCUGGACAAUGAUUUAGAUUUAAUCAAAUCAUGCCUGACUGAAGAUCAGUUGAAAUUAUUGAAACAAAUAUUCGCUCAGUAUUUUCCCAGUGAAUCGUUAUGGUUAUCCAAGAAGACCACCAGGUAUUCGAAUUUAUACUGCAUGCAAUCUUUGGAUAAGAUUGAAGAAUACUUCAAUACAUAUUCUACAAGAACAGAAAACAUUCCACUACGGGACGAAUAUGAGUUCAGUUAUGCAUUGCAGUUAUUAUACACCAAUGAAAACAUAAGAAAGAUAUCGAUCAAUAACAAAACGUCAAUUUCAGAAGCUGGUUUCAAUUUCGUACAAGAUAUGAAAUUGUUUUUGUAUUCUUUAAUUGACAAACUUAAAAUGUCUCCGCAGCAAUCGGAAACCAAAGAGGCAUAUUUAAGAAAACUCUGCCAACAUCAUCAUGAAUUGACUGACGAAGCUCACAUUUUAGAAGAAGAAGCAAUCGAACAAGUCAAAUCUAUGGAGGAAAAUUUAAAAACCAAGCUGAACGACGUCCUAGAAGUGAAGCAUAGAAGCGACAGCCUAAUGGAGGACUGUCGGGCCUAUAUCCAGAAAUCGGGGCUAAGCCACAGCAGCGCGUGGUCGGGUAAAGCUGCCAUACGGACUAAUCCUAAUGGAACCAUAUAUGAUAGGCUGACACAGCACUUAGCCUACGCCGAUGAUGUUGUGAUAUCAGCUAGGACAAGAGCAGCACUUGAGGAGUUUGAGAAUACCGCCGCUAACCUGGGCAUGAUAAUAAAUGACGGCAAGCCAGUGUACAUGCAAACAUCCAAAAAUAAAUAUAAUACCAACGAGCAACUAAAUUUAGGCAGGCGUACGUUCCGGGCUGUACCCAUCCACGAGCGUCAUCUACAAGGUAGUCCAAUUGGGUAUGCUUACGUACGGAUCGCCAGCGUGGAGCUGCCGCCUGAAUCAGAUCCAGAAGAGGAAGAUGUCAGCCAUCCAGAGACUCGCCCUGAUGAGGACAACAAAGGCCUAUAA